AUGGUGGGCUCUUUGCCGCCGCCGAGGUCUCUGAGUUGCAGAGCCCAGUUCAAGACGAAGCCUUUCCUCGGAUUCUUGCCUCAUGGAAACGCACAAUCAUUCUACUGGAAAAUCGAUCAUGUGACUGCUAAGGUUACACAUCAAGUUUCUGCAAGUGCAGACUUCUCAAGAAGGCGGCCGAGGAGAAAUUCCACGCCAAAGACUAAAGAUUCUACACCAAGGGGUUUUUUGCCAAGAACUCAGGUCCCCACGAAUACCCAGAGAAGGGAUCAAAAGAAAAACAAAGAAAAUGAAGGUCGUGGUACUCCAACGCCUACGGAAUUCGAGAGUUCUAAUGCUGAUACCGAAGAGUUGAAUAUCGACUCUGAUGAAGAGGAUGCGUCCCACAUUAAAAUGGAGGCAAAUGAAUCAUUAUAUGACGAUAAAAUAAGUGAAUUUGACGAAAACAGACGUGUUAGUGAAGUCGAUCUCGCACUUGAAUCAAAAGAUGCAGAAAGCUUCACCAAAAGCGAGGAAAAGAUGACGGCGAAGGGAGAUCGUGAUGUUUCAGUAUUUGGGAGAGUUAUUGAAGAAAACCGGGUUUAUGGUACAAGUAGUGAAGAUUACAUAGAGCAGGUUGAGAGUAUUAAAAAUGCCGUAGAUUCAUACAGAAGCCUGUCUAUUAGUGAGGAUAUCGAGAAAGGAGAUUAUUUUCUAAAAUUAAAGUUGGAAAGGGAAGAUAUUUUGCGUAAGGAGGCAUUAGACAGGCUCGCCGGGGAGAAUUUCAAGAAAGGGAACAAAUUGUUUUACUACCCAGAGGUCAUAAAACCUGGUCAAGAAGUGGAGAUAUAUUUUAACAGAAGCUUCUCUACUCUGAAGAACGAACCGGAUGUUAUAAUCAUGGGAGCCUACAAUGAUUGGAAGUGGAAAUCGUUCACCUUGAAGUUGAGCAAGAGCAAUCUCAAUGGGGAUUGGUGGUCUUGCCAGCUCCAUGUUCCUAAAGAAGCAUACAGAAUCGAUUUUGUGUUCUAUAAUGGAGCAGAUGUGUAUGACAACAACGAUAAGCAAGAUUUUUGUAUAACCGUGGAGGGUGGAAUGGACAUUUUUGAUUUCGAGAAUUUCUUGCUUGAAGAAAAACUGAGGGAACAGGAGGAGCUUGCAAGACAGACAGCUGAGAAGGAAAGGCAAGCAAAAGUACGAAAACGUAUAGAAGCAGAAAGGGUAGCACGUGAAGCUGAUAGAAUUCAGGCCAGAGGGGAAGUUGCAAAACAGAGGGCCAUGCUGCAAGAGUUGAUGAAAAGGGCUGUUACAGCGAUUGACGAUGUCUGGUUCAUAGAGCCUAGUGAAUUCAAAGGCAACGAUAUGGUGAAGUUGUACUACAACAGGAGUUCAGGACCACUUUCUAAUGCUCGGGAGAUAUGGAUUCAUGGAGGACAUAAUAGUUGGAAGGAUGGGCUGUCCGUCGUUUCUAAGCUCGUCAAGUCCGAGAAGAUUCUUGAAGACUGGUGGUACGCUGAAUUUGUUGUGCCUGAUGAAGCUCUUGUAUUGGACUGGGUUUUUGCUGAUGGGCCACCCAAGAAAGCGAUUAUUUAUGACAACAAUAGGCGCCAAGAUUUUCAUGCUAUUGUUCCGAAAUCCAUACCUAAUGAACUGUAUUGGGUAGAAGAAGAGCAGCGUAUAUUUCAAAGGCUUCAGACAGAAAGGCGGUUAAAAGAAGAAGCAAUGCGAGCUAAGGCAGAAAAAACUGCACGCGUGAAAGCGGAAACAAAGGAAAGAACCUUGAAAACAUUUUUGUUGUCUCAAAAGCAUGUAGUUUACACUGAUCCCCUUGAUGUACAAGCUGGAAGCACAGUCACCUUAUUUUAUAAUCCUGCCAACUCUGUCCUAAAUGGAAAGCCUGAAAUUUGGUUGAGAUGUUCUUUCAAUCGCUGGACUCAUCGCAUGGGGCCACUGCCACCUCAAAAGAUGAUUCCUGCUGAAAAUGGCUCUCAUCUUAAAGCGACGGUCAAGAUUCCCGUGGAUGCAUAUGUGAUGGAUUUUGUUUUCUCCGAGAGAGAAGAUGGGGGAAUUUUCGACAACAAGAAUGGAAUGGACUACCAUAUACCUAUAUGUGGAGGGGUUGUGAAGGAGCCCCCAAUGCACAUUGUACAUAUAGCAGUUGAAAUGGCACCGAUUGCGAAGGUGGGUGGUCUUGGUGAUGUCGUCACUAGUCUUUCCCGAGCUGUUCAGGACAUGAACCACAAUGUGGAUGUUAUCCUUCCAAAAUAUGAUUGUUUGAAUUUCAGCAAUGUGAAGGAUUUGCAGUUUCAUAAGAGCUACUCAUGGAGUGGGACUGAAAUUAAAGUUUGGUUUGGGAAGGUGGAAGGUCUCUCUGUCUACUUUCUGGAGCCGCAAAAUGGAUUAUUUUCGGUUGGUUGCAUUUAUGGACGUGGUAACGACGGAGAGAGAUUCGGUUUCUUUUGUCAUGCAGCUCUUGAGUUCCUUUUACAAAGUGGAUUUCGUCCCGAUAUCAUUCAUUGUCACGAUUGGUCCAGUGCUCCAGUUUCAUGGUUGUUUAAGGAACAAUAUAUGCAUUAUGGCCUCAGUAAAACCCGUGUUGUCUUUACCAUACACAAUCUUGAAUUUGGAGCAGCCUUGAUCGGGAAAGCCAUGUCAUUUUCAGACAAGGCUACAACUGUAUCACCUACUUAUUCACAGGAGGUUUCUGGAAAUCCCGCAAUUGCCCCUCACCUUUACAAGUUUCAUGGUAUUCUCAAUGGAAUUGACCCAGAUAUAUGGGAUCCUUACAAUGACAAAUUCAUCCCUUUGCAUUAUACAUCAGAAAAUGUUGUUGAAGGCAAACGGGCCGCAAAAGAAGCUUUGCAGCAAAUUCUCGGGCUCAAACGGGCUGACCUGCCAUUGGUGGGGAUCAUUACCCGGUUGACUCACCAGAAAGGAAUCCAUCUCAUCAAACACGCCAUCUGGCGAUCCUUGGAACGGAAUGGACAAGUUGUCCUGUUGGGUUCGGCUCCUGAUCCUCGGAUUCAGAAUGAUUUUGUUAAUUUGGCAAACCAGUUGCAUUCUUCACAUAAUGACCGAGCACGCUUGUGCCUCACAUAUGAUGAGCCUCUCUCGCAUUUGAUAUAUGCGGGUGCUGAUUUCAUUCUUGUCCCGUCAAUAUUUGAACCGUGCGGGCUGACUCAGCUCACGGCAAUGAGAUACGGUUCGAUUCCAGUUGUUCGCAAAACUGGAGGUCUAUAUGAUACUGUGUUCGAUGUUGACCAUGAUAAAGAGAGAGCACAAGCAUGUGGUCUUGAGCCGAAUGGAUUUAGUUUCGACAGUGCAGAUGCUGCUGGUGUAGAUUAUGCUCUGAAUAGAGCAAUAUCUGCUUGGUAUGAUGGAAGAGAGUGGUUCGAUUCGUUGUGCAAGCGUGUUAUGGAGCAAGAUUGGUCAUGGAAUCGGCCGGCUCUCGAUUACUUGGAACUCUACCACGCAGCUCGGAAGUGA